AUGGGUGUAAAAUUACUUUUUGUAGUUUUAAUUGUGAAUAUUAAUUUAGUGUGGAGUGGAAAACAUGAUAUCUAUGAAGGUUGCUCCGUCCAUGGCGUGGUAUUAAAUAACGAUGAAGAGCUGAACAUACUGAAAGAACUGGAACUAAAAUUGAAUCUAGAUGUGUGGCAACGUGGUCUGCCGGCCGUACGUGAUGCGGUCGUCAUGGUUACCCCGGAGAAUAAGCCGGAAUUCUUCAGUACAUUGGAAAGUCAUAGCAUUCAAUACUAUGUACAAUUAGACGAUGUAGUGCAAGCGCUGGAGAAUCAUGAAGCCGACGUGAUCAAUUACAAAAUGAGAAGAAGCAAUGGUGCGAUGCCUUUUAAUGACUACCCUCGUUACGCUGAGAUAAAUGCGUACAUGGAGAGAAUAGCGAGGGAAUAUCCAGACAUUGCCACUAUAGUCACUGCUGGUGACAGUUUUGAAGGAAGACCCAUUAAAUACUUGAAGAUAUCUACAACAAACUUCGCCGACACUACGAAGCCGAUCUACUUCAUGGAUGCGGCAUUGCACGCGCGCGAGUGGGUCACGACCCCCGUCACUUUGUACUCUAUACAUAAACUUGUGGAGGACUUGGCUUCUGAUGAGAGGGAUCUGUUGGAUGUCGACUGGAUUAUCCUGCCAUUGGCUAAUCCGGAUGGUUAUGAAUAUUCGCAUACUAAUGAGCGUCUCUGGCGCAGAACGCGUUCCUACCGUCCCGAGAUCAACGCAACUUGCUACGGCGUAGACGGCAACCGCAACUUUGACGUAAACUUCAACACCGUAGGGGUCUCCCCCGACCCUUGUUCUAACACUUACCCGGGUCCAUAUGCCUUCUCCGAACCAGAGACGCGUAUCAUCCGUGACAUCCUUCUAGAACAUUCUGGAAGGAUCCAGAUUUACAUGAACAUUCAUUCUUAUGGGAAUUAUGUUUUGUAUGGAUACGGUAACGCGACAUUACCGAGUAAUGCCAUGGAGCUACAUUACGUUGGAGCGGCGAUGGGCGCGGCAAUGGAUGCGCUGAAACUGUCUAAAGCGGAUUAUUAUAAAGUGGGGAAUAGUAAUUUGGUGUUGUACCAAUCUUCGGGUAGUGCGCAGGAUUAUGGACAGGUGAGGAUUGGAGUACCAUUUUCCUACACCCUAGAGUUACCGGGCUACUCAUAUUUGUUCCAAGUGCCACCAGAUUAUAUCGAACAGAUCAACAAAGAGACCUGGGCUGGGAUCGUAGAAACUGCACGAUUAGCUAAACUGUUUUAUACAGGUGGAUUAUAAUAAAAAUAAAGUUAUUAAUAACAAUUAUCUAUUUAAAAAUAGCUUACCACCCGCUUUGUCUAAA